GUUUAUAUUAGUCUUUAGCUCAUCAAUAUCUUCAUUGCAAUCCCUCUCCAUAUCCACCACUCGUUUUGUGUUUGCUUCGUGAACAAUAUUAUCAUGGAUUUGGACCACCCCGAUCUGGCGGCGCUGGAAGAAAAGCUCUACUCGUCGUUUCAUCAUUCUUUCAAUGCCACCACCAACAAUGAUGCUGCUCUUCAGUCACACGCUUCGGCUACCUCAACACCUUUGCGUAUCGUGACAAAAACAUCGGUUGUUAACAAUUGCACACCGAAUACCGGUUCAAGAACGAUGCGCUACUGGGCCUCCAGUUCCGGUGGCGAGUUAAUCACACUAAAAAAGCCAUUUCUUGGCGAACGUAAAUCGGGUGGAAAUCCAAAGCAGAAACCGCCCGAAGGGCAUACUCAAGCGUCGCCAACUAGCACUGGAGUUGAACGUGGUGAACCUAGAAAAGCGUUUUUCACGCCUUACCAAUCCCUGCUGAAUAGUAGCUCCCUGAAUAGUGAUACGCCCCUGUCAACUGCGAACGGAACCAUCGUUUUCGAUAAGGUGCAGGAAGUGCAGAUCACUAGCGACCCCCCAUUGAAAGAGAAGAAACUCAAAAAGAAACAACGUCAACCACUGAAUCCCGUCGAAAAGCGGCUUGCUGGUCUAGUGAAGGUGAUCGAAGGGAGCACACGAGCGGAGACUGUUAAAAAAUGUGUUCAAGCCAAGAAAGCAAAGGCGACGGUGGUGCGGCAGAAUCUGGCAUCCAAAUCUGGCAGCAGCAAAUCGCAGGUGUCAGUAGUUGCCGAAAUUACGCUGGAUUCAUCUGAUGAUGAAACGAAACUGCCGUUGCAGCGGGGAAAACCACAACCUAGAACACUAGAACCAUCCGACGAUGAAACGAAUGAUGUAGUCCUUGUACCGGGCCCGGAAGUGCCCCAGAUUUGCAUCGAUUGUAGCGACGAUGAAGUAGCACAGGACAGUUUUGUAUUGCCAAUGUUGAAGAGGCAGAAGAAAAAGGUGUCACCCAGUGCGAACUCACCUCGCUGCCAAAGUCCCUCUAAUAGCUCUAUUAUGUCGGACGAUUUUAUCGGUCACCUCGAUAGAUCGCGUAUGAACGACAGCCUUGGGGACUCUAUUCCGAACGACGAAGAAUUGGAUUGCACCCUGAACGAAUCGACGGCACGACCGGGUAAAAAGAAAACUACAGCCAGCAACGCACCCAAGAGGCUGCGUGUUCCAUCAAUAUCAUCUGAUUGCACUAUCGCCAGCAACAGCGACACAACCGAUCCAGACAGGCGCCAUCCGCCUGUACCUAAGGCAAAAAAAGCCAACCAGAAAUCUGUUUCACCAUCACGAUCCUCCCCACCAUGCCAAUCGGAAAAGGUCCUCGAAGGUACCCCGAAGCCUUCCGGUAGUCUGCUACCACAGUUUGGUGAGUGCAUACCAUUGAAUGCGAAAGGAGGAAUGAAAACGAAAGGGAAAUCGAAAAAUGUCGAUAGUGCCGUCUUGUCGAACUGUUCCAAACCGGCUUCAUCUGUAACCGCGGAGCUGACUGUAAAAAAGCAAGCCGUGAACAAUGGGGUGUUGAAAACUAAUUCCAUCACCGAAAAGGAUGCACUGUCCGGCAGAAUGGUCAAAUCAAAGAACAAAUCUAAAAACGCCUCACAUUUGGCAGAUUCCACGAACGCAGAAAGAGGAGGCGAAAAUGUUACACAAAAUAUUAGUCCCGAUGAAGACAGCAUGUACAAGCAAAUCACCAGAAAGCUAAAGGAUGGAGAAGCAUGCUUUGAUGAGAGCAGCGUAUCGUCGGAGAGUGAUUAUGACUUAUCGACAGUUUUGGAUAAAUCAACCGUCAGUCGCAAGACAACGAUAGGGUCUGCUUCCGAAACGACUUCGCAUGCCCUGGAGACCAUUUCUUCCGAAAGUGACUGUGAGGAUCUCGUCAUUAUCACCUCUGCAAAACGAGCGUCAGCAACCGAGUCAAACGCCGAUGGAACCACACAAGGCCCCAAAAAGAAGUCCCUGGGGCCAAAAAGAAAAAAGUUCCACUCAGAAAACCUUUCUGAUGAAGAUUUUGCCUGCGUGCUAACAGACAUUGUUCAAGCCAUUUCGGAUGGUGAUGAUGAUGAUGAUGAUGAUGAUGAUGGUAGUGGUGGUGGUGGUGGUGUUAUUAUUAAUGAUCUAGAGAAGGAUGUGCCAGUAGAUUAUUGGCUUGAUACAGAGGUCAAUCCAUCCCAUCCAUACCCAUCCCAAUCCAUACCAUCGGUCAAUGAGAGCUCUCUGAACAUUAAUGAAGAAAGCGAAGCGCAAGGUCCCUUGCUGGCAAGCGAUGUGGCUCCAGCUCCGGUGCUCACUAUAAAUGAUUCAGAUGAUGAUGUCGUACAGGUAGAGGGUACACGUUUUUUCGGCAUAGACGACUCUUCGCCGGGUGUAAUGGGUGACGCUGGAUGUGUGUGGAACAAAGAGAUGACUCUGUUCUACAAUGGUACUGCCACGGAGGAUAACUUUAGUAUGGCUGCAGCAAUACGGAAAAUGCCACGCGAUGCUAAGCACUGGAAAAUUGUCGAUCAGGAUCGUUUCCCGGAUCCGCCGAAGAAAGAUAUGCUUUGCAAUAACUGUGGUGAGCGUGGUCAUAUGCGCUUCAAGUGUCGUAAUGCGCCGAAACUACGCAUCUGCCAUAUGUGUGGCCAACAGGGACACCAGGAGCCACGAUGUCCAAAAACCAUGUGUUUAAACUGCGGAUCCCGGACAGAGACGUUCGUCUACGAGUGUGCUACUUGCCGGAACGAUUUCAGAAGGUUUUGCUACAUAUGUGGAGUGCGUGGUCAUACCACAGUCCGUUGUCCUGAUCACUGGCGUCGGUACCACAGUACGACUGAAGAUAACGUUCAACUUGUGGCAAACUAUCAGAGAAAUAGGGAUACAAAACAAUGCAGCAUAUGCGGCAAAUUUGGCCACUAUGCCCACAGCUGUCGUACCGCCCAUCGUAUCUUUGUUCAUCCGAUACCGACGACGGAAAUAAAAUCAUAUCAUCCGGCCUAUCAUCGUAUGCCUAUGAGCAAAAGAGGACCAGCACCAUAUGCUGGUCAGGACGAGUGUUCCCGGUACAAUCUGUUCGAUGGCGAUGCGAGCAAAUGCGAGUUAAACCUCGAAACUUUGUCGAUGAAUUCGAAUGGCUUCUACUAUCGAUUUGCUCAGUCGGCUGGUCUGCUCAGUGAGCCAUCAAUCGGCGGGGUUCUGCCCGACGCAGCCACGGAUCGUGCCACCAAAACGCAUCGUACCCGUAAGUCAUACCAGAAUCAUAAGAGACCGUCCCAAGAUGAUGGCCAGCAAACCGAAUAUGUACCAAUCCCACAGCAACAAUCGCCGAUCGUGUUAGAAGAGCAGCAAUUGAAAAGAACAGAACUACCUAAUGGAAAUGACACUAUGGCUUGUUCCGUUGCACUAAUCGAAGAGGAUUCGAAUUACAGUUUUUCCGAGUUGCUCCCUAAUGGGGAAGAAAGUAAGCUAAGCUGUGACGUUACUGUGGUAGGAAAGUCAGACUCUGUGGAGACAAGUGAGCCUUUCCACAAUGCGGACUUUAUAUCACUCACUACGCAACCGGAGGACGAGGCGAUGUUGCUUGUGAGCGAUUUGAAGGCGGAUGUAGAAAAGCAGCAUGCCUCUGGAACCGAGGUAACGGAUGCAAAAAUUUGCCUCAUGAAGUCGCACACCCAGUUACUGAUAUCCACUCGUGGCCGCAAGUUUCUCAAAGAUGCGUCUAGCAGACACAUGCUGAAGUGGAGCAUUACGUUCGAAUCAAUUGGCAAUGUGCUGCUUGUCAGCGGCCAGGCAGCCAAUCAGGAUGCCUUCCACCGGGAGUUGGUGGGGUUUCUGCAACAGACCGAGGGUGUUUGGCUGGGUGCCAAAGUACCAGGUGAGCGAAGGAGCGCUGUCCGUUUUAUUAGAAAACAUUUGGACCUAUUGACGAAGUCCUACGAAAACAUAGAAACAAUUUUCGCCCGCUACCAGCAGUUACAAGGAAAAAUGAAGUGGAAGAAAAGCGAAAGGGAUCGUCGGUUGCUAAAUGUCGUCCUAUUCGGCCAGUGGGGCAUGCGCGAGGGUCGAACGCACGUUCAGAGGCUGCUCACCAGCAUAGACUCGCUCAAACGGAGUGAAGAACCUGAAAUUGACCCGAACGCAAGGGACGUGAUCGACGUGGACAUUCGUUAUAUUUUCUCGUCUUACGAUCAUGGCGAUUACAAGCAAAUAAUUGCUGAAUUCGAAGAGCUUCGCAAAAAUCAACAGCUGACGAAAAUUUCAUGUCAAGAGCUGGGCAUGUCUAAGGCAGAAGCUAAGACCAUCGUUACGAAAGCGGAUGAAUAUGCAUUUGAGCAAAGCCCUGCGCGGGAUGUGAAUCAUUCGACAGAAACGUUAGCAGCGCAAGGCGCUCAACAUUUUGAAGACGGUUCUUCAACCGACAUAAUCCUGAACACGGCGGAUGGACGGAUUCACUCACCAGAGUACAGCGCAGACUGGCAGGAAGCGAAAAUGAUCGAAACAGGUCUAUUAGCUCAACCUCACCCAACGUUGCCUCAGCCCACGAUUGAAGAUUCGUUUGCAACCACCAACAAUGCAGGCGGCAAUAUGUCGAUUCAAGUCACACAAUCGAGUUUACAGACACUUGUGAGGUCGAGAGAACGAAGUACAUUUCAUUGCCGUGACCCGCAGCAGCAGAAAGUUUUGGAACAUUUAAAAGAAAUCACUGAAAUGAACUACCGGCGAUUGCUAAAAAAAAAACCUUCAAUGAAACUCAGUCGCCUAAUAAGUGAAAUAUUGGAAGAAGAACAAACAAAACAAAAAACACUGAAACGCAGAAACGAAAGGUCGCAUCCAAACUUCCGGUGGCAAUUAUUGCGAGAUCUGACAGAUUUAAGCAAAAUAGCCAAACAACGAAAGCUUAGUCCCGUGUCACAAUGGCGACUUUGUGAUGCAAUUUCAAAAACUAUUCAAAGAACGCAAAAAAGGAUAGAAAAACGGACGAUUAGACGUGAGAAAAAAAAGGAGAAAAAGGCAGAAGAAAGAAAACUAGGUACCAAAGGUUCGCGAGUAAUAAAACAAAGAACCGCCCAAAAGAACCCCAACCGAUAGUAAGUUGUGUAUCAGAAUAAUGAAGCGCGGAAAGGUUGCUGUUCUUCAAAACCCAACUGAUUACAAAUACAUUGAAUGUUUAAA